AGGAAGGGGAGAGGGGAAGGCUGCCGAAGCGAGAGAAAUACCAGCAGUUGGGACUUCGUCUCCUCUCGUUUCUUGAAGUCAUUGCAACUCCUGAAUCCGAUCACCUCCGUCCUCUUCUCGGGGUUCGAUUCCAUCGCCUCCCCAGUUCUUGAUGGGAGAGGAAGAGGAGACGAUUGAUAGCUCGUUUGUGGGGUUUGAUCGAAGCUUUUGAUCGCCUCCGGCUGCGAUUUGGUGGGGAUUUGAUCGAAUCGGAGGGGGGAAGGGGGCGCCGGAGAUGAGUACGGGACGGAAGACCGUGCGUGACUUGGCGGAGGAGGCCAAGAAGCGCAUCGUGCUGCUCCUCAUAUGCGUCUUCGGCCUCUCCUAUCUUAUGUCUUUGACGAGCUCCUCGGUUUGGGUUAACUUGCCUGCUGCUGCUGCCUUGAUAAUGUUUUUUCGUUACAUAUCACUUGAUCUCGAUGUUCGAAGAAGGACCACAACAUCUAACAAACAAUUAUUGGUUGACCCAUCUACUCGGAAGAGAUCUGUUGAACUUCUCAAGUUUCCACCUGAAAAGACAGAUUGGAGAACAAAGGUGAAUUCUCCUGCUGCCGAGGAAGCAAUUGAUCAAUUUUCAAGACACCUAGUCUCUGAGUGGGUGACAGAUCUCUGGUACUGCCGUAUAACGCCUGACAGGGAUGGGCCAGAAGACUUGGUCAAAAUUAUUAACGGUGCCCUAGGAGAAAUAUCAAGUCGUGCAAGAGAUAUAAAUCUUAUCAAUCUUCUUACCAGGGAUGUUAUUAGCCUCAUUUGCAAUCACUUGGAGCUUUACCGUCUUUGCCAGGCGAAGAUUGGGAAGCAGGAAUUUUUAAAGCUCCCCAUGGAUCACCAAGAUACACAACUGAAACAAGUCCUGUUGGCAGAUAACAAGUUGCAUCCCGCUCUAUUUUCUGUUGAAGCUGAGCACAAGGUUUUGCAGUAUUUGAUGAAUGGUCUCAUGUCUUUAGUUUUCAAGCCUGAAGACCUACAAUGCUCUUUCUUUCGACAUACAGUCAGAGAGCUUCUUGCUUGUACAGUUAUUAGGCCAAUUUUGAACUUAGCUAACCCGAGGCUUAUCAAUGAAAAGAUUGAAGCUUUGGUUCUCUCUUAUGGGAACAAGCCUAAUAAAGGAGUUACACUAUCAGCAGAAGCGGCACCCCUAGUCAAGCCAAAUGUGUCUCCAACACUGUCAGCGGAUCAAUUUUCUGGAUUCCUGGAUCACUCGAGUGUUGGGGUUGAACUUGUGCAGUUUAGGCAUGACCAUCCCAAAGCCAAUCUAGAUGAAGAGACUAAAAGAAAUGCUAAUGGGAUGCAUUUUCGUAAGAAUCCAAAUAAUUCUUGUUCUAAUUCAUUAGGCAUUCGAGAUGCAAAAAGUGUAGCUAUAGGCAAUUAUCUCAGACCAAAUUACAUGUCUACAGAUACCCAGAAAUUAAAUUCAAAUAGUACUGUUCCUUCAGAAUCCAGAAAUAAUGAUGGCAAGAAAAUUGCGGCUGCUAACUCUGGAAGCGAAUGGGCACGGAUGUUGGAUAUUAUUUCCCGUAGAAAGACUCAAGCUCUUGCACCAGAACAUUUUGAGAAUAUGUGGUCAAAAGGACGAAAUUACAGAAAGAAGGAAGCUACAAAUCAGGUUGCAAAACAAGUUGCACAAAAUGCAUCUCUAGGGAUUACCAAUACUUUACAUCAUUCUGCUGUGCCAUCCAAUACCUAUAAAACACCAAAUACUGAUAUGUCUAAGAGAAUCACUGCUUCCUUCCAACAUGAGGAUCAGUGUCGGGUAGAAAGCUUGCAUAUCCAGAGUGAUAAUUGUGAUGGUUCAAAUUAUCAUCAGAUACCAUCAAAGCAAGAAAUGACGGAAAACUUUGAUGAGGAAGAGGACGAACUAGAAACGGAGAGCUCUUAUCCGACUGAAGAUGAUGAAAACAAUAAUGUGACAGGUCUUGAUUCUCCUGGAACCAGAGUCUGGGAGAGCAAAAAUAAAAGAAAUGCUGCUGUUUCACACAUAAGACAUCCUCUUGAAACUUCUGAAUUCCGUGAAGCAAAGAAGAGUGGUAAAGGUCAUGUCUGCUAUCCGAGGACGUCAAGGACUUCAUCAGGAAGAAAAAGGUUAAGGUCAAGAAAUCAGAAGGCUCCAAUCUGGCAGGAAGUUGAACGGACAUCUUUUUUGUUGGGAGAUGGCAAAGAUAUCCUAAACGCAUCUAAUAAAGAUUCAAAAGGAGAGGAAUUGAGUGAUGAACCGGAGGUGGAGAUCUUGGGUAGAAUUUACAGUGGAUCUGUUGCUUCUUCAUCUGCAUCAUCCAUUUCAACAUCUGGAUCAUGUCAUUCUCUGAAGUAUCCUGAAAAUUAUGUCUUGGCAGAUUCAUUUCUGAAGUUAAGAUGUGAGGUAUUGGGGGCCAAUUUUGUGAAGAGUGGUUCAGGAGCAUUUGCUGUCUAUUCUAUUGCUGUGACUGAUGCAAAUAACAAUAGCUGGUCUAUCAAAAGAAGGUUUCGCCAUUUUGAGGAACUACAUCGGCGCCUCAAAGAGUUCCCUGAGUAUAAUCUUAGCUUGCCACGCAAACAUUUUCUAUCAUCAGGACUAGAGGUGCCUGUUGUCCAAGAAAGAUGUAGAUUGCUUGACAUAUAUUUGAAGAAGCUUCUUCAGCUUCCGACAAUAUCAGGGUCUAUAGAGGUCUGGGAUUUCCUCAGUGUUGAUUCGCAGACAUACGUGUUCUCCGAUUCCCUCUCUAUUAUCCAAACACUGUCAGUUAACCUAGAUGAUAAGGCAUAUGAGAAGAGUGCAAAGGUUGGCAGCUCAAUCGAAGAUGUGAAUGAUCAGUUUUAUAGUAAGGGAAAAAUUUCAAGUAAUGGGAGUAAAGAAGAUGCUGCACAGAUGGAUAAGACCUACAAUGAAUCAGAUAGUUCGCGAUUGAAGAAGGGAAACAUGGAGCAAAGUUCAGGAUUUAGUGCUAGCAAAAAAGGCAAUAAUCUGUAUCAGGAUAGUUCAGGGAGUGAUUCAGAUAACAGGCAUCAGAAGAAUGCCUCCUGUUCUGGCAAAUCUGAUGUGCCCAAGAAAGUCGCAGUAACAGAAGCUGAUAGUCUGCAAGGGGCAUCUGAAGUUGUUGAAGCUGCUGGAGACUCAUCUAUUUCCACUCAAUGGGUGCCCCCAAAUUUGAGUGUUCCCAUAUUGAAUUUGGUAGAUGUCAUCUUUCAGCUUCAAGAUGGAGGCUGGAUCAGGCGUCAGACAUUUUGGGUAGCAAAACAGUUAUUACAGUUGGGAAUGGGAGAUGCUUUUGAUGAUUGGCUUAUUGAGAAAAUCCAGCUUCUCAGGAGGGGAGCAGUAAUUGCUUCUGCAAUCAAUCGUGUUGAACAAAUACUCUGGCCUGAUGGAAUCUUCAUAACUAAACAUCCUAAACACAAACGCCCCACCCCAGUUUCUUCACCGGGAUCUCAGAAAGAUAGCAUAAAAGAGAACUUGCUCGCCUCUGAACAACAGUUAGAAGCUGCUCGUCGUGCAAAAUUUGUCCAUGAGUUAAUAAUUGACAAGGCACCAGUUGCUCUUGUUAGUAUUGUUGGUCGAAAAGAGUAUGAGCGCUGUGCUCAAGAUAUAUAUUUCUUCCUUCAGUCCUCUGUUUGUCUGAAGCAGCUGGCAUUUGAGCUUCUGGAGCUACUUCUUUUAUCUGCAUUCCCUGAGCUUGAUGAUCUUGUAAGGCAAUGCCACGAAGAAAAAGAGCAGUUCAGAGUAGUUGAAGACAAUAGAUGAACCUGCUCGCAUCAAACUAUGAUUCAUAAUUCCAGCUUGCUGAAUGUGGUUUUGCUUGCACUGGCUGGUCAUGGGCGAGGUAGAUUUACUUCACCCAGAAAACAUUGCCACUACAAAAAUCUGGCUAGAUGGGGUUGUUGCUUUUGUGCCAUCGGUUGAAGACUUUGAAGUAUAUCCAUCUGUUGUGGGAUUUGCUUGGUCUCCCAUUAGCCUGUCCGAACGUGUUUCUUUGCAAUUGGAUAAACAUGUCGUAUGUCUUUAUCCAUGGAAAGCUACAAUAUUUUUCUUCGCAUACCACUUGUACAGUUGAUUCUUUUUUCCCUUUCCCCCCCAGAUUUUCUAUACUUGAUUUUUUGUAAUCAGAGAAAUAUUGUAUCGAGGCAUCUUAAUGAGAUAAUUGUCAGUUUUGUAUAUCUGUUUAUACCA